AUGCCGCCAUUGACUUGGACUUGGCCGGGAUUCGGUAUCUUAUCUCUCUCAGUCAACACAUAAAACACAAAUCCAAAACCUUCAUUUCUUCCUCCUUUUUCCCUCUUUUCUUUUCACCAACGGAACAACAUUUUCCUCUUCUUCAUUCUUCACUUCACCUAUUCACCAUUUUUUUAACUUAAUCCCCUUUUUCUCUAUUUCAUUAUAUACCUUCCACUUCCAUCUCUCUGUUUUUUUCUUCCUCCUCCUCUGUUCUUCUUCUUGCUUUUUCCCCAUGACCUCUCCAUCCUUCUCCUUCCUCAAUCAUGUCCUCAUCCAUUUCAUUCUCCUCUCCCAAAUCUCUCUAUCCGCCGCCCAAUCCGGCGCACCCCCAGAUAUGUACCCUUUCAAACAGACCAUCAGCAAACGAAUGGCUGUCGUUUUGAUUGUUCUCGUUUGUUUUUUCAUCGUCCUCGCCGUCCUCUCUGUCUACACCCGCCAGUGCACCGACCAACGCUUCGGCGGCCGUCUCCUCCUCUCUACUACCCAAGAUGGAACCAACGCCCGAUCCAGAAGGGCGGCGCGUGGUCUCGACGCGGCUGUUAUAGCUACUUUCCCCACUUUUGUGUACUCCAACGUCAAAGAUCUGAAAAUUGGGAAAGGCUCGUUGGAGUGCGCCAUUUGUUUAUCUGAAUUCGAAGAUGAUGAUACGCUGCGUUUAUUGCCGAAAUGCAGCCAUGUCUUCCACUCCGAUUGCAUCGACGCUUGGUUGGUUUCUCACUCCACUUGCCCUGUUUGCCGUGCCAGCCUUGUCCCCAAACCCGGCGAUAUAUCCUUCGCUGCUCUGCUCAAUUCCGAUUCGGUAAUCGACGGGGUUGGACGCGAUGAAGGGAAUCGAGUGACUGGAUCCGAAAUUAGUCAGGUGGUUGUUCGAAUUCCGGAGGGGAAUCAAGGUCAGGAUGUGAGUUUGAUAACCCCAAAUCAGGGAUUGAAUCGGAACGGUCCAAUUCGGUCGCGAUCGUCGGGAUGGAGAUUGAGCGGAUUGUUUCCACGGUCCCACUCGACGGGUCACUCGCUGACUCAACGGGGAGAGGAUUACGAGAGGUAUACGUUGAGAUUGCCGGAGGAGGUGAGAAGUGAGCUGUUGAAUUCGAAUUUGAAUCGGGCGAGGAGCUGCGUGGCGUUUCCGAGGGUGCAGAGUUCGAGACAGGGGUACCGAAGUGAGUUGGGGAAGACUGGGUUUGUGGGAAAUCGGAGCCGAAGUGGGCGGUCGGAGUGGCGGACAUUGUUACCGGCGGCGACGCCGUUGUUCAGAAGGGAGGGUUCGAGAAAGGAUGUGAAUGGAGACGGCGGUGGACGGCCGUUCGCACGGUUGCGGCCUGAUGGGGAUGGUCAAAGUCAACAAUAACGUAGGCGGCUCACGGCUGUGGGUUGGGUUUCUGAACACUUGGGCCGUUUUGGGCUUUUGUGUGUGUCUGUGUUUUUUUUAAAAUUAUUUUGUAAAGAAAUAUUUAAAAAAAAAAAAAAAAAAAAAAAAAAAACCGUAAAUGAUUGAAGGUCAAUUUUUUAUUGGGAAAAAGGGUAAAAUGGUCAAAAGCCGUUGGUUGAUUGAUUGAUGAUCGAUCCCAUUUGAUUGGCGCAUGGCGCAGACAAUGUAUAGAGGAAGCAUUCACUUUUGUUUUUGUUUUUGUUUUUAUUUUUAUUUUUAUUUUUUUGUUAUUUUUUUGGGGGUGGGGGUUGGAAAGUGUGAUAUUUUGUUAAUAAAUUAGGACAAAGUAUUUACAUAAUGUACAAAUGAAUGGUUAUUAGUUGAAAAUUAGAUGUAAGCAGAAUGGUAGAUAUAAAACUAAUUUACCUAAAACUUUAGGUUA